AUGUUCACGCGGACCGACAAUUUAGGAGUAGGAGUAGAUUGGACAGACAAAUUGUCGCAAGAACGACAAAGAAAAGACCGCGACGGUCUGGUGGAUAUUCUGCUCAAGUCUAAAGCAACGAUUGUUGUGAAAGAAGAUAUCAGGGCAGAGCGAUGGAUUAAAUUAAUCUGGAACGCAGCUUGGAAUUCAUUGACUGCGCUUUCACUCAUGCGGACAAGUGAUUUCAUUCAGACUUCGAGCGAAGCAGUCUCCGUCGCGCGGUCAGUAUUCGAGGAGACCAUCGAAAUAGGGAAGGCCAAAGGUCUCGAAAUUCCGGAGGACACACUGCAGGAUGUUAUGACCAGAUAUCAGACCUUGAAAGGUGCCAAAAGCUCCAUGUUGGUUGAUGCAAUGGCCAAGAAACCGACAGAGGUUGAGAGCAUUAUCGGCUAUCCCCUGCGUGAAGCCAGACGACUAGGCAUCCCAGCACCAACCUUGACCAUCGUGUAUGCGUUGUUAAAGGCAAUGGACUGGCGACAUGCGAAUCCAGAGUUGCGCAAAUUUGAGAUUGGCCGUCUGAUCCGAUCAGCACUGCUGCCAAACACAGACAACUCACUGCAUCGCCACUUCUUCCUUGUGUUUGUGACUGACUUCAAACUUGUGAGUCGCGUCGCACUCAACAAUAAUUCGGCGACGAUGUCUGCGAAGACUCGUCGGAAAAGCAAGGCAUCUGGUCUCGCAGAAGAAGGCGAACAUUCUUCUCCUGGCGCCGCUAAGGACACUCUCCUUAUUUCUAUUCCUGAAGACCUGGAUGUCGAUGCGCUUUCCGCCCUCUUGCCUGAAGCAAGCCUUGAAUCUCAAAGUAAUGACGGAAUAGUGGCGCUGUAUCGUCGCCUCGCUCAGUUGGCAGCCGACCUCGAUGCCGCAGUCCGACAACGAGACGAAGACCAGGCCACGGUGGAGAGGAUGGAGGUCGAGUUGGACCAGGCCCUGCAAGACAAAGAGAGCAUUUCGAGGCAGUUAGAGGGCUCUACAGAGCAUUCGCAACGCGAGUUGGCGCAAGUGAAGCAGGAACGGGAUGAACUUGCAUCUGCGAAAGCCGCUUUAUCGGCACAGAUUUCAACGCUGUCCACGUCGCAGUCGUCCUCUUCUACCGAAGUGGAAAAUUUGAGACAUAAGCUUGAUGACACGGAACGAGAAAAACGCGACCUCGUGGGCGUCAUUAGCCGUCUCAAACAGGAUAGUAGUCAGAGGGAAGAGGAAGUUCACACCCUUCGUGCCAACCUCAAGGAGGCACGACAGGAACACCAAACGCUGGAAAGUCAAUUGCGGGAACUUCGGUCUUCGGAAACAUCAGUCAAGUUCAAACUCGACUCAUUGAGUCAACAACUUGCUUUAUCCCAAUCUGAGGCUGAACGCGCAAAUGCGGAGUUGCUGGCCAAGUCAGAAGAAUACUCCAAACAGCGUCGGACCAAACAUGCUGAGCUGGUCACCUUACAAGCCAAUUUCGAUGCUUUAACGCAAACCCACGCCACUACCCAAGCCACUCUCAAAUCAUUACAGUCUGCGCAUACGGCCCAAUCCCAUCAGCUCACCCAAGCGCUCACUAGAGUACAAGACCUCACUGGGCAGCUUGCCGAACAAGAAUCCAACUAUGCCGCUGAGGCCAGUCACUUGAAUAGGCUCGUCGCGGCAAUGCAGGCACGCGAGGCCAGGACUCAAGAGGUUGUCGAUGGAAUCGAAGAUCAAAUGGCAAUGGUUAACGACAAGGCAGAUCGACGCGAGGCUGCGCUCAAAGAAGAACUCAGGAUGGAACGCGUAGCUCGAGGAGAGGCAGAAAAGAGGGUCGACCAACUUGAAGAAGUGGUGGAGCGAAUGGGUAGAGGCGAUCUCCCUGCCCCAAGAGCAGCAGACAUCUUGAACGACGGUAUUGUCAACAUUAGUCCAACGGUGGCCAUGGUUAGCAAAGCACAAAAGAGUGGCAAAACAUUCACCGAAGUCUACACCGACUAUGUCCGUUUGCAGGAAGACUACGCCAAGAAAUGUACUGAGUACGACCGCAUGGACCAAACUCUAUCCGCAGUUCUAUCCCAAAUCGAGGAACGAGCCCCUAUCAUCACUCAACAACGCGCGGAAUAUGAACGCCUCCAGUCCGAAGCGUCUCAUCUAGCUUCUCAAUUGUCUCAAGCCAUAUCCGAUCGCGACACCCAAGCGAAGCAAGCCCAGGACAGUUCCCAGAAGUUCUCUGCAUCCAUUCGAGAGAAUGAAGUUCUCCAACAGCAGCUCACAGACCUUGGUCGUCAAGUCCAACAUUUGUUGCGUGAAAUUGGCCGACGCGACAAUACGUCUCUUCCAUCUGACCUUGAACUUGAAGCCCUCGAACCUAUGGCCUCAGAGACGAUUGGUCAUGUCAUCACCGAUCAACUUGUUCUGUAUAGGUCCAUCCCAGAGCUCCAAGCCCAGAACCAAAAACUCCUCAGAGUCGUUCGGGAGUUGGGCGACAAGAUGGAGAAUGAAGAGAAGGAGUAUCGAGAAGCGAUCGAGAGAGAACAAGGGGAAGCAAUUCGCGAGGCACAUGAAGCAAUGCAAGAGUUGGCUGAACAGCUGGAACGUCAAAAAACCAGCAGCGAAAACAUCAUUAAAGCCUACGUCAAAGAACGCGACACGUAUAAGGCUCUGCUCGCUCGUACUGAACGGGGUGGAUCUAGCACAAACGGCAUCCACUCCGAGAUCAAUGGGUUCGACAGCAACAACUUACCUCCAACAUCCGGAGACUUGGCAAAGGAGCUGGCCGAUGUCCAGAGCGAAUUUGAAGCCUAUCGCACCGAAAUGGGUGUCGAUUCUGUUCGUUUACGGGAAGACUUGAUCGCGUCGCAACGGGAGGUUGGUCAACUUAGUGCCGCAUUGGCCAAAGCCAGCGCCAAGAAUGAUCUGUUGAACGAACGACAUCGAAUGACUGAGGAUUUAUCUUCCGUCCGUUCUCGUGAAGUUGACGAUCUUACGAAGCGCAAUCAGCAACUUUUCGACCAAUGGACCAGACUCGACAUUGAGUGCAGUCGUGUAACUGAGGAUCUACAAACCGCGAACGCCCGGAUCGAACAACUGAGGAAUGAGUGUGCCAAUCUUCGCGCUGAGAAGAAAAUAUGGGAGACUGUCCAAGGCCGGCUUGUCGACGAGAAUAAAACUCUUGCGUUGGAGCGGUCGCAUCUGUCUGACUUAAUGGGUAACGUUCAAAAGAUGCAUAAUGACUUGGAGAGGUCCGGCGAAAACGAUCGACGACGCCUGGAAAAUCAGCUGCAAAUGCUCGAGACACAAAAUCAGGAUCUCCGGCAUCAACUCACAAAGGAACGUGAAUCGGUCCGACACCUCUCUCUGCAGAAAGAGCUUGAGAUGAAGGAGUUGCAAGUUCGCCUUGAUAAGCUCACUCAAGAAUUCGCCAAAACCCGAGAGUCCCUUGUCGGAGCCGAGACAAGCAAAACACAUCUCGAACAGCGCGUGGAAGAGCUUACACGACUGUUGAAGGGCAGCGAAGAAAAACUUUCAGUCUAUGAACGUCGCUCGAGCACAGUGACUGGUAUCACCCAAGCUAUGGAUCAGGAUUUGCCACGCGAACAACAACUGGAAGCUGAAGUCGCGGAACUAAGAUCGGCCCUGAAGAUUGCUGAAGUCGACUUGGCCAAUGCCCGCAAUCAUGUCGAGCAAUUCCGUCAAAUAUCCGAGGCAAACGAGGAGGCAUUAAACAGUCUUAACGCGACAUAUGACGAAUACAAGGCAUCUACUGAAGCCCAGAUCGCGAGACACGAGUCCGAGUACGAUUCCAUCCAAGAGCGAUUGAAGGCAGUCCAACAGGAUCUCGCACAAUUUACCGCCAAGUAUAAUGAGCUCUUGAAAACGACGGAGGAAGAACGCAAAGCUUGGAAGGAAGACAAGAAAGUGCUCGAGGACACCAUCGCCGAAAUCAGUUCUUCUGAACAGACUUCCGCCAAUGACCGCAGCUCUCGUGAGCAUCAGAUCCGAGAACUUGAAGAUCGUGCCAAGGCUGCGGAAGCGAAAUAUCGUCAGGAAGUAAUCGCACAUGGAGAUUCGUUCAAGCUGGUCGACAGUUUGAAGGAGCAACUUGCUACAGCUCAGACAACAGCCCGUGAACGCCAAACAGCUGCUGAAACCGCACAAGUCAAACUGGCGUCAUCCGAAAGUAGCUGGGGGUUGCAAAAGGAGACUUUGGACAAGGAACUUUCUGACCUUAAUCGACGGCAAGUUGAACUGACAUCGCAGAAUUCAGUGCUUCAUCAACAUCUUGAGAGUGUCACUUCACAAGCUAGUCGUAUCCGCCAGGCAGCCGCUGAUUCGUCUGCCUCAGCACCUGCUGAAAGGGAUACUUCGACUGAGGACGCAGACACUAAGCUGGCUGAACUCCGUUCCGUUGUGACUUAUCUGCGCCACGAGAAAGAGAUUGUGGAACUUCAACUGAAUGUCACCAAGCAGGAGUCAACGAGGUUGAAGGCGCAGAACGAGCAUCUUAACCAAUCGCUCAAGGAUGUGCGGGCGACUUUGUCCGAGGAACGUGAACGGGCGGUCGAAGCAGCGGCCUCGGAGGCUCAACACGCUGAACUCCUCGAGCGGACGAAUCAAAUCAAUGUUCUGCGCGAGAGCAACGCUACUUUGCGUGUCGAGUCGGAGAAUAAUGCCAAGAAAGCCCGAGAACUAGAGACUAAGCUCAAGACUUUCAUGGGCGAGAAUGCUCCUCUCAAAGAAGAGAACCGCGCCUACAAGGCGGAACUUGAAGCGCGAGACGCUCAAAUUAAGCGGAUGGAGGAUGAGAACCGCAGGUGGCAGGAGCGCAAUUCUCAACUUCUGGUCAAGUAUGAUCGUGUCGAUCCGGCAGAAAUGCAAGCGCUCAAGGAUGAGGCCGAGCGACUAAAGGCUCAACUUGCUGAUGCAGAGAAGGCAAAGGUGGAAAUCGAAAGCUCACAAGCACAAAACUUGGAAGCAUCGACCAAACGGAUCGGAGACCUGGAGAGCAGUCUUCGCACUCACAAAGAGCACCAACUCAGGAUAAACGCUAACUUCAAGGAACGCAUGGGUCAAGCAAACCAAGCACGCUCGACACUACAAACGGAGAAGAGUGAUUUGAUGGCCCAAGUCACUUCGUUGACUGCUGAGGUUGAAGCAUUGAAGGCUGCUCCAACACCAGCAGCCUCUCAAGAGCCUGUGACAUCGUCAGACGAUGCGGCCACAAUCUUGCGGUUGAAUACUGAAUUGGAAGGCCUACGAAACGAAAAGGCCACCUUAACUGCAAACGCUGGUGUUGCGUCUAUAUCCCCUGACGUGGAGCAGCUCAAAACUGCGUUAGAGAAGGAGAAAACGGACCGCGCUGCUGCCGAAGCCAAGAUUAAGGAAUCGGACCAAAGGCAUAACAGUCUGCUCCAGCGUGCUCAGGCUUUGGCCCGGGAGAAGACCAAGUUCACAGAGGAGAAGAAUGCUGCAGUCGCCGCUGCCAUUGCCCAAACCAAGAGUGAAAUGCAACCUGCAACGACCGAUGCCACCCUCUCCGAAGAACUUGUCCAGAAGCACACGGCGGAGUUGAAGGCAUUGGAAGAGACUCUGUCGUCGAAACACGCUGCUGAGUUGAAGGCCGCUGUGGACUUGAUCAAGACUGAAAUGCAGGCGGCUGUUCAAGCUGCUAGGAUGGAGAAUGCCGGGGCAACUGGAACUGCGCCUAAUGUUGACGCGUUAAUUAAGGAGGCGAUUGCCAAGCACGAUGAGUCGUUGGCCGCUGCUCGCAAGGAGGAGAUCAACGCGGCUGUGGAUCGUGGACGGCAAGAAGCUAAUGCCAAAGCGAAACUAAAAGACUCUCAACUAGUCAAAUCGCAGAAAAAAGUCAAGGAUCUCGAGACUUUGCUACAGUCUUAUCGAGAAAAGGGCAUCAUCCCUGCCGAUUCACCGAUUACCGUUUCACCAACAACUCUGUCAACUGCUACUUCUGUUCCCUCAACAACAGCACCUACAGCACCUGUUGCUUCAACUUCAGCGGCGCCUGCUGCUAACCGGGGUGGAGCAGCUCCAAGGGGGGGGCCGUUGCUGCAAGAGGCACUCGUGGUCGGACCGUGGCUCCGGGCCGGGGCGGAGCGGCAGCAGGAGCUGCUCGGGCUAUUGUUGCUUCCACCAACGCUGCUGCCGCUUCGACAAGUGCAAACACUCCCGAAGGGCUUUCUAUUGCGGGUGCUGCCAAGCGACCCCGAGAAGAAAGCGUGGGGUCCGACGAUUCGUCAGGCUCUUCAUUAG